AUGGCAGCUCGCAGGAUUUCUUCCUUGUUCUCUCGCUCCUUCACCCUUUCAUCUUCUCUUGGUGUGAAAUAUGGGUUGGGAAGCAGAACUAACAGAUUUAUUACAAGUGCUGCUGUUCUUGAAAAGCCCAUUACACCACCUGUUCAAGUUAAUCACACCAAGCUUCUGAUUAAUGGGCAGUUUGUGGACUCAGUAUCUGGGAAAACAUUUCCUACAUUGGACCCCCGCUCGGGAGAAGUCAUCGCGCACAUUGCUGAAGGCGAUGCUGAAGAUGUCGACCGGGCCGUAUCAGCAGCCCGGAAGGCUUUCGACGAAGGCCCGUGGCCGAAAAUGAGUGCUUACGAAAGGUCCCGAAUAAUAUUGCGUUUUGCUGAUUUGGUCGAGAAGAACAUGGAAGAGCUUGCCCAACUCGAGACAUGGGACAAUGGAAAGCCGUAUCAACAAGCUCUUUCGUCCGAGCUUCCCAUCGUCGUUCGACUUUUUCACUAUUAUGCCGGGUGGGCCGACAAAAUUCAUGGGCUAACCGUGCCCGCCGAUGGGCCCCACCACGUUCAGGUUCUGCACGAGCCUAUCGGUGUUGCCGGACAAAUUAUCCCUUGGAACUUUCCGCUUCUAAUGUUCGCGUGGAAAGUGGGACCCGCGCUCGCCUGCGGCAACACCAUUGUCCUGAAAUCCGCUGAGCAAACACCGUUGACUGCUCUUUAUGCUGCGAAACUGUUUCAAGAGGCGGGCCUACCGGACGGUGUUCUUAAUGUGGUGUCCGGUUAUGGCCCAACUGCCGGUGCAGCUCUCGCUAGUCACAUGGACGUCGACAAGCUAGCUUUCACGGGCUCCACGGACACUGGUAAGAUCAUACUUGAGCUGGCUUCCAAAAGCAACCUGAAGCCCGUAACACUCGAGCUCGGAGGCAAAUCACCGUUCAUCAUAUGUGAUGAUGCCGAUAUCGAUAAAGCUGUCGAGCAAGCACAUUUUGCUCUUUUCUUUAAUCAGGGUCAAUGUUGCUGUGCGGGUUCUCGUACGUUUGUUCACGAACGUAUAUACGAUGAAUUUAUCGAGAAGGCUAAAGCACGUGCGGUCAAACGUACAGUUGGUGACCCGUUCAAGACAGGAAUCGAGCAGGGGCCACAGAUUGACUCGGAGCAAUUUGAAAAGGUUCUCAAGUAUAUAAAAUCGGGGGUCGACAGCAAUGCCACCCUGGAAUGUGGAGGCGAAAAGAUUGGAGAUAAAGGCUACUUUAUACAGCCCACCGUUUUUUCGAAUGUUAAGGAUGAUAUGCUGAUAGCAAAGGAGGAAAUAUUCGGCCCAGUGCAGAGCAUCUUGAAGUUCAAGGAGAUUGAUGAAGUGAUUAAACGAGCGAAUGCUACAAGAUACGGGCUUGCGGCUGGUGUUUUCACGAAGAACAUCAACACGGCCAACACGAUUACGAGAGGGUUGAAGGCAGGGACAGUUUGGGUAAAUUGCUAUGAUGUUUUUGAUGCUGGAAUCCCGUUUGGCGGUUAUAAAAUGAGCGGUAUCGGGCGCGAAAAGGGAAUCUACAGCCUCAAAAACUAUUUGCAGGUCAAAGCUGUUGUGACCCCUCUAGAGAAUCCAGCUUGGUUGUAA